AUGAGGAUCACCAACAGCACAGUGCCCGUGUACACGGUCGCGGGCACAGCGACCUCGCGAACCCUCCCCGAAUGGCUGCCAGAGAAGCAAAAGCGCAAGAAGGAUCCCGAAUAUGCGAAUCGUGUGGAACUGUUGCAGGACUUUGAGUUCGAAGAGGCUAGUCAAUGUGUUCGCAUCAGCGAAGAUGGCGAAUGGGUCAUGAGCACUGGCACCUACAAGCCACAAAUUCAUACACACUACCUGCCUAAUCUGGCGCUGUCCUGGGCCAGGCAUACUAAUACACUCAACAAGACCUUUCUCUUCCUCUCCUCUGACUACUCGAAAUCGGUCCAUCUCCAGGAGGAUCGCACCAUAGAAUUUCAUACGCCAGGUGGCUGUCAUGACUCUCUACGCAUUCCACGGUACGGUCGCGACCUGGCAUAUGACAGGGGUAACACCGAGCUACUAGUUCCCACGGUCGGAGUGAACUCUAAUGGAAUGGGAGAAGUGUUCAGGAUCAACCUGGAGCAGGGUCGCUUUAUGAGCGCGUUUGAGGUGGACGUUGGCGGAGAUGACAUGGACUCUGUGGGUGGCGGGGCCUUGCAAGGAGGGAUUCGAGCAGGCAGCGUGAAUGUUGCAGCAGUGGCCGAAGGCAGCCAUAACCUUUUGGCCUUCGGAACUUCACUGGGGACAGUGGAGUAUUGGGACACCAGGUCCAGGGCGCGAGUGGCCACUCUCGCAAUGCCCGCGGAUUACGAAGGGCGGCCUGAAGUCACAGCACUUGACUUUCAUCGGUCAGGCAUCAGCCACGCGGUGGGAACAUCGUCCGGCCUGGUAUAUCUCUACGAUCUUCGGUCCCCGGUUCCAACUUUGAAAAAGGAUCAAGGCUACGGCUAUCCCAUCCACUAUGUUCAGUACCUGACCCAAUCAAGCGCAACCCGAGCUUCCACCUCCGAGCCGAAGGUGGCUUCUGCCGAUCGACGGAUAUUGAAGCUCUGGGAUGAGCGAGACGGCACGCCAUGGACGUCCGUGGAGCCUGCUGUUGAUAUCAAUUGCGUGGCGUGGUGCAAAGACAGUGGGAUGUUCUUAACAGCCAAUGAAGGUCGACAACAACAUGCUUUCUUCAUUCCUCAGCUUGGCCCUGCCCCAAGGUGGUGCUCAUUCCUCGACAACGUGGUUGAAGAAAUGGCCGACGACCCCAACGAUCCGUACGCGUUCUCCAAGACCAAAGUCGGCGAAGUUUAUGACAACUACAAGUUUCUCACUCCGGCCCAGCUUCGCAUGCUCAACUUGGAUCAUCUGGUCGGGAAGACCAACCUUCUGCGCCCCUACAUGCAUGGUUUCUUCGUUGCCCAAGGUCUAUACGAGGAAGCCAGGCUUAUUGCAAACCCCACCAGCUGGGAAGAGGAACGGGCCAAGCGUGUGCAAGAGAGGAUUGACAAAGAACGGGAGAGCCGGAUCAGAGGGAAGAAGAAGAUCACGGCCAAAGUCAACCGCAAGUUGGUUGAGAAGAUCCUUGAACGCGAGGAGAAGAACGAGAGACGGCGAGCACAACGAGUUCUGGCCCAGGGUGGUGACGAGAACGCUGCUCUGGAGGCUGCCCAAGCCGGAACUGCUCAGAAUGAGGAGAAGGGUCUGCUUGCAGAUUCUCGUUUCGCGAAAUUGUUCCGAGAUGAAGACUUUGCGGUCGAUGAAGCUUCCAGAGAGUUCCAACAACUCAACGCCUCAACCAAAGUGGCUCCGCCAUCCAAUCUCGACCGCGAAAAGGGUCUUACUGCCGUCGAAGAAGAGGCAAUUGAUGAAGUCCCUCGGUCGAGCGAUGAGGACACCUCGGAUGAUGAUGCAGCUGGACCAAACCGUUACAGAACCACUGAGCGGAUUUCCACGGCCGACUACAAACGCCGGCCCACUAAGCAAGAAAGGAGACGAGAACAGAUGCAAGUGCGAGUUUCGUCAUCAGGAUCGAAGGCUGGCCCCAAGCCAUCAUAUGACCGGUCUUUUGGAUCUCGGGCUGAAAAUAUGCAACCAGUUCAACGAACGAAGAGGGGUACUGGCUUCGGCGGCGCCGUAGGUGACAAGGUGAUCACCUUUGAACCGGGCAGUAAGAAGUCCAAAUCAGCAGAACGAUUCGACAACGGCUCCAAGAACUCUUCCCGGUAUCAAGAUCGAAGGAGCGCAUCUGGUAACACCUUCCGGCGAAUGUGA